AUACAUUGAAAGCUUUGUUUUUUUUCUCUCUCUUGUAACGUUGCAAUGCAGAGAUCUGGGUAUGGUUCUGAUGGAAUAUACAGGUCUCCGAGACCUUCUCUCGUGUUACCUAAGGACCCUAACCUCUCUUUCGUUUCAAACCUUUUCACAAACGUUUCUUCCUUUCCCACCAAACCCGCUCUCAUCGAUGCUGAUUCCUCCGAAACUCUAAACUUCGCAGAGUUAAAGUCCUUGGUCGUGAAAAUCUCACACGGUCUUCUCCGCCUUGGCAUAAACAAAAACGACGUCGUUCUCUUCCUCGCACCAAACAGCAUCCACUACCCUGUUUGCUUCCUCGCCGUCGUUUCCCUCGGCGCCAUCGUCUCCACCGUCAACCCAACCUACACCGCCGCCGAAGUUUCAAAGCAAGUGAAGGAUUCCAAUCCCAAGCUUGUAAUCACCGUCGCUGAAUUAUGGGAAAAAGUCAAAGACUUCAACCUCCCCAGUGUCUUUCUGGAUUCCCUCGCGACAUCAUCAUCAUCAUCGGAUCAUCCCGAGGUCACGAGUUUCAAGGCGUUGGUUGAACUCGGUGGGUCCCAGACAGAGUUUCCGACCAACAACGUUAAACAGAGCGACACGGCGGCGCUUUUGUACUCGUCGGGGACGACGGGUAUGAGCAAGGGUGUGGUUCUGACGCAUGGGAAUUUCAUUGCUGCUUCUGCCAUGAUUACGAUGGACGAUGAUUUGGAUGGAGAGAUGCACAAUGUUUUCCUCUGUGUUCUGCCUAUGUUUCAUGUCUUCGGGCUUGCGGUUAUUACCUGCGCUCAGCUUCAGAGAGGGAGUGCUGUGGUGUCUCUGAAGAGGUUCGAGUUCGAAGUUGUUUUGAAGACUAUUGAGAAGUAUAGAGUUACGCAUUUAUGGGUUGUGCCUCCCAUUAUGCUUGCUUUUGCGAAACAUAGUUUGGUUGACAAAUAUGAUCUUUCCUCGUUGAAGCAAAUUGGUUCUGGUGCUGCACCUCUUGGCAAAGAUUUGAUGGUUGAGUGUGCCAAACGUUUCCCUCGUGUCAACAUUUCUCAGGGCUACGGUAUGACUGAAACUUCUGGGGUUGUUUCUAAGGAGCAUUCAAGGAUAGGGAAUCGGCAUUCUGGUUCAACAGGAGUGCUUGUUGCAGGAGUGGAAGCUCAAAUAGUCAGUGUGGAUACACUGAAACCCCUCCCUCCUGGACAGCUGGGGGAGAUUUGGGUACGGGGUCCUAAUAUGAUGAAAGGUUAUCACAACAAUCAAGACGCCACAAGAUUGACCAUAGAUAAAAAGGGGUGGGUUCAUACUGGAGAUCUUGGAUAUUUUGAUGAGGACGGACAACUUUUUGUUGUUGAUCGUAUCAAAGAACUGAUCAAGUAUAAAGGUUUUCAGGUUGCACCAGCAGAACUUGAAGGGCUUCUUGUUUCGCACCCGGAAGUACUUGAUGCUGUUGUAAUCCCGUAUCCGGACGCCGAAGCUGGCGAGGUUCCAGCUGCCUAUGUUGUUCGUUCACCCAAUAGUUCACUGACUGAGGAAGAUGUUCAAAAGUUUAUUGCUAAUCAGGUAGCACCUUUCAAAAGAUUGCGAAGGGUGACAUUCAUCAACUCAGUUCCUAAGACAGCUUCAGGAAAAAUUCUCCGAAGAGAGCUUAUUGACAAAGCAAGAUCCAAAAUAUGAGAUCAUAAAUUUUUUUUUUUAGAACCGUUUUUCAGGGGUCAAAUUCUGUGAUAGAAUGUAAAUUCGAAGUGAAAUCUCACAGGGUAUGAUGUAUUGGUACUCUUAAAUGGUUGCUGUGGAUUGGAUAUGUAUCUGUGAUUGGUAUUUAUUGGGUCCACAUUGAU